GACCGGUGUUACAGUUUUCCCGCUAUCCUUGACCAUGACUGUGGAUACCAGGAUUUUUUGUUCUUUAUUUCAAUCAUGACACCAGAAGAAGCCGUAUUACAACUAAAGAAAAACGGUACUUUUGACGAGUUGAGAAAGAAGCUACUUUCAGACUUCCAGUCCCAAUUUGCUGGACAAAAGCUCUUGGACGAUCUUAAACACUUUAUGGAAGAUAUGGUCAAUAAAGAUCCCAGUCUACUGGACAAGGAACCAUUCUUAUUUCACGAACAAGUGAUGUCAGAACUAGAAAAAGAAGGUAUUUUUCACCAGAUACACCAAGAUAUUCUAGAAACAUUAAAAGGCGAUGAUUACCAACAACGCGUAGACAAAGAAAUACAGUCAUUAGACAAGCAAUGAUACCCUUUCCAUUAAAAUAAACAAUAAUGAUUUGAACAUGAU